AACGGUUACGGCACUGGGCGUUGUACUCCGCGUACGGUGCGAAUCAAAAGGGACGCGCGCGCGGCGGCAACAAUAACGUCUCCGCGGGAACAGGUGCCUUGGCUGCUUGAGCGCGGUGGCGGCGGCGGCGACGGUGCGGGCGGUAACAGACGGAGAGGAUGUCCUGCUGCACCGGUAGCAAGAGCGAGGAGCGCGCCGAGCCGACGCGGGUGCGAGGAUGCACCGACGUCGUCUGGCUCUGCCUCUUCGUCGCGUUCUGGUUUCUCAUGAUCUUGAUCGCUGCCUUCGCGAUAGUCUACGGCAAUCCCAUACGGCUCAUAAAUGGAUACGACAGUUUCGGGAACACGUGCGGCGUGAAGAACAACCCAAAGUUCGGCAGCAUGGAGCUUUCCGGGCAAGAUACCAGCGACAAGCCAUACCUGUUCUUCCUGGAUAUAAGUAAUGUCACGCAGUCAUUGAAGAUUUGCGUGAAGAAAUGCCCCGACCGAAUUCUGUCGACCAUCGAGGACAUCUGUAAAUUUUACAAAGAGACGGGAUCGCAGCUGUGCCACGACAGGCCGGGCGGUGAUUUCAGCGCGUGCAAGAACCAGAGCAGUAUGUUCAAGAACGGGUCUUGCCCCGAGCGACCGGUCUACCCCAGCACGCCCGUUUUAAAUCGCUGCAUACCUAAGGCGGUGAAGGAAGUGAGCGAGACAAUAAUCUCCAACUUGUACGGCGUAAUCAACUCGUGGGACGUGAUCGAGCAGGUCUUGGGAGACCUGUGCAAAACCUGGAAGCACAUUCUGGCGCUGGCUUUCCUCGCCUGUGUUUUAUCUUUCUUUACGAUAGCCAUCUUUCAUUUAAUGGCAACUAUGGUGACGUGGAUUGUAAUCGUGCUUGUGAGCAUUGCUUCCACAGUUGGCACUGUUCUUUUAUGGAUGACGUAUGUUGAUAUUAAGAAAACCUUGGACAAAACUGAUCCAAACGAACUUCUUGAAGAAGCUGUCAGAAAUGAAAGAGCAUUUCUCGCAUUUUCCAUUAUCGCUACUAUUAUCACUGUAAUUUUACUGUUUCUUUCAUGUAUAUUACGCAAACGCAUCAGCUUUAUGGCGGCGCUGUUCAAAGAGAGUGCAAAAUGUUUAAAAGAACUACCGGGCCUAUUUGUCCAGCCAAUCUUAACAUUUAUAUCUUUGAUAUUGUUUUUUGCCUUUUGGGUAUUUGUAAUUCUUUGUCUUGCAACAGCAAAUUAUCCCGAGACAAAAUCAGUGCAGAUGUACAAAAACGCAAUAUUUGAUCCUGUGAACUUGAGCAUGAUUGGUGCAAACGCUCCAUUAAUUGAGGAGAAAAAAAUAGAUUUUUCUCUUGAUUCUUUCAAAACUUUCACUCUCGUGGAAUACGUUGACGCGACUUGGGUGAAAUACAUGUGGUGGGUGUAUCUUAUAGGACUGAUAUGGAUAUCGGAAUUUAUUGUUGGGUGUCAAGACAUGGUAAUAGCGGGUUCUGUUGCCCACUGGUACUUUAGAGGUAAAAACAGCAGCUCGUUUCCAGUGUGUUCAUCCAUAGGACAUUUAGUCUGCUAUCACAUGGGCUCCGUGGCGUGCGGAUCACUUUUGAUAACCAUUUUUAAGUUGCCUCGAUUGAUUUUAACGUAUCUGCACGCCAAAUUUGAAAAAACUAAGGAAACAUCUCCAUGCGCUCAGUGUGGCAUGAAGUUCUGCAUUUGCUGUUUCUACUGCCUGGAGAAAUUCAUUCGAUAUAUGAAUCAUAAUGCGUACACCGUUGUUGCUAUAGAGGGCACCCACUUUUGCAACGCGGCCAGAAUAGCCUAUACGACACUCGUCAAUAACGCUCUUCAAAUAGCCGUGAUCAAUGGAUUCGGCGAUUUUAUAUUGUUCCUGGGAAAGUGUUUCGUUACAGCUGCAACCGGAAGCGUCGCAUUGCUUCUCAUGAGACAAGAUCCUGAUCUACACUUUUACGCCAUUCCGAUCUUCAUCGUUUGCGUUUUUUCAUUUUUCAUCGCUCAUUGUAUAAUUUCUCUUUACGAGACGGUUAUUGACACGUUGUUCCUAUGCGUGUGCGAGGACAAGAAUUUGAACGGAGAAAACGGAAAGUGGCGUCAGUCUGCGUUGGCACAACUCGGAGCCUCUAGCAGCAAUGCAAACGGACAGCAGUCUCAAGAAAUGACACCGAUGAACGAAUAAGUAUCUGAUACCUUAAACAUAUCUUUUUCAUACACAUUUUUGUACACACAGUUUUUUUUAUAUAAUAGAAUACUUACUUUUGCAUUAUCUCACUCGUGCAUCUAAUAGGACUAAUAAGGACUAAUGAGAGUACAUUCCUUUCGAUGUUCACGCGUGCAAUGUUUGUAUUGCAAAUAACUUUACAAGAAACUUGUCUCGAGAGCUAUUUUUAUAAUGUGGUUAGAUAUAUUUCAAUCAUGUGAAGAUAUAUGUAUGAUCGUUCAUAACAUAUUUUUAAUAUAUUACGAGAUAUAUGGAUAACAAUACUAUUAUAAAGCGAAAUGUCUACUUCUAUCUAAUUGUACGUGAUUUUACAAUGUCGUAAUUUCUUUUUGUUUGGUGUUUAAAGUAUGAACGUUUAUCUCUUAGGACUAUAGGUUUUCUUUUGUGAUAAAUCAUUGCCAAAAUUUUUGGAAUUAUUGUUUAAUUUUUUGCUAUCUUAAGGAUGCUUGGAUAAUUUUAAUUGGUAUGCAAAAAUCUCGUAAUCGCACACACAACAAAUAAUUUACUAUUUGAUAAUGUGAACGAAUUAUGCUUGUUAACCAAAAUGGCGUCAAUUAAUUACGUACUUUAAGAUCAGCUUGUACUUAGCGCUAACUUUUGAUUUAACUGCCAGAUUUUAAGAUACUAAAUAAUAUUUUAUAAUAUUCACUAGAAUCAUUGAAAAAGAGAUUAAACUACGAUAAUGUGUUUUAUAAGAAUAUUUUAUUUUAUGGAAUGUGUGUAUUUUAUUGAUUAUUCAAUACUGUAUAUCGAAUUGAUGAUGCAAUGAGCAAAAUAUAGAUUAGAUUUAUUAGUCUUUUCUAAACUUUGUAUCAUCAGAGUGCCAUUGCACAAGCUAAAAACUCUGUGUCUUAAAGAUAUUUGUUGUAAUAAGAGAAUAAGGUACUAAUAUUUGUAGAUUUUAAAUGCACAUAAAAAAAAGGCAAGUGCAAGUCAAUGUUACAAAGAAAGUACAAUUAUUACAAAGACCUAUGCAACAAAGUGCAAUUAUUUGUAGUCGAAAAAUUUUCCAUGUGCAAGAUUAUUCAUUAUAUUGAUGUCGUAAAUGGAAAAUCUAUUUUCUAAACUUUACACAAUUUUCAUUCCUUCCAGAUAUUUUGAAAUAAAAUAAUUGAAAAUUUAAUUUACACCUUUAGAUGAUAAGAGGCUUUCAUAUUUUGAUGUACAAAAUAUUUUAAGCUAUUUUAAUAAAAUGUAUUAAGCAGCUAUUUGUACGAGAUAAGCUAAAAAUAUAUACACAUGUAUCUCUAAGAUAAAUUUAAAAUAAGCUGGACAUAUGAAUAACGAAGUACAAAAUAGUAUGAAUCAAGAAAUUCUCAAUAUUCAACGAUAUUAAUAAUACAUCACAUCACCGACCAGAAUAUUAAGCAGUGUAUUUUUCCCAAAUAUACAUGUUCGUAAUUGGAGAGAAAUUUUUGUCGGUAGAUUGUAUCUAAAGAAUUUGCAGGCACAAUACUUUUAAAGAAAAUUCAAAGUUUAUUAUAUAUUUAUACAUAUAUAUACUUAAUAUUGUGUAUGCGAUUAAUAUGUCGUAAGAUUAUUCAGUUACUCUUCAUGAAAUUAUACAUCAUAUGAAUAAAAUAAAAA